CAACAGUACCAGGAAACUGCUCAUUAGCCUCAGACGUAUACAUCUCUAUCCUGUGCGAAACAGAAUAACUCAACGUUCGGGCUACGCACACACGAUAACCUAUUCCCUCUGAGUGAGUUCCACACAGACGGGCUAUCAAUCCAGUGUUAGAGUCAAGCCUGAGUGCAUCAAAAGUCUCCACUAAUUUGUGUCUGUUCUUAGUGUGAUUCGGAUGCAUUUCAAAUUGAUCGGAUGAAAUCACCUAUGAGAAUAGAAAAACUAGUUUUCUAUUGUGUAUCUUGAAGAAAAAUAUCCGUUGGCAAUGGAGAACGAAUCACUCAAACUUCGGAAUGUUGGCAAUGAAAAAUAUGGCACGGAUAAGGAAGAGGUGACCGGAGAAGAUGAUUAUGACCCACAUUUAUACAGAAAAGUUGAACAUCCGACCUCGAACUCAGAAACACUCAUUCACUUGCUAAAGGGAUGCCUGGGGACAGGUAUUCUGGCGAUGCCAGAAGCCUUCAAGAAUGCUGGAAUGGUCAAUGGCUUAGUCUUCACGUUUGUGAUAGGUGCGCUCUGUACAUACUGCCUUCAUGUAUUAGUUCAAGCUCAAUACACUUUAUGUAAGAGAUACAGGGUACCUAUAUUAACAUACCCAGAAUCCAUGAAAAUAGCAUUGGAAUCAGGACCAAAGUGCCUUAGACCAUAUGCCAAGUUUUCACCGUUUCUGGUGGAUUUCUUCCUCAUCGUUUAUCAACUUGGUAUCUGUUGUGUCUAUAUAGUGUUCGUAGCCAAAAACAUAAAAGCUGUAGCCGACGAAUACACAACAAACGACUUCACAUUGACGCAGUACAUCCUGAUGUCUUUCAUACCAUUUGUACUUAUCAACUGCAUAAGAAACUUGAAGUUGUUAGCGCCGUUCUCAACUCUUGCAAAUGUUAUAACUUUUGCCUCCUUCGGAGUGGUGUGCUAUUACGUUUUCCAAGACUUACCAGAUAUAAGUGAAGUACCUGCUUUUGGAACCUUGUACACGUUUCCUCUAUUCUUUGGUACUACGCUGUUUGCCCUAGAAGCCGUAGGAGUUGUUAUAGCAUUGGAGAACAAUAUGAAGACACCAAAAGGCUUUGGCGGCUACUGUGGUGUACUCAAUGUUGGAAUGGUUUUCGUAACAGUACUUUACGUGGGUAUGGGAUUUGUAGGAUACUGGAAAUACGGAGAUCUUUCUAAAGCCAGCAUAACCUUGAAUUUUCCUCCACAAGAAUUUUUAGCCAAAUCGAUCAGAAUCCUUUAUUCUGUUGCGAUAUUCAUCUCAUAUGGUCUACAGGCUUAUGUUCCAGUUGAAAUCAUGUGGAAAACCUACAUGUUGAAACAUCUUGAAGGAAGCGACAGGUUGAUGGUUUGGGAAUACGUACUGCGCAUUGCUUCUGUGAUAGUAACUUUCGUUCUAGCUCUGACAAUCCCCCUUCUAGGACUUUUCAUAUCUCUGUUCGGAGCAUUUUGCCUAUCCGCCCUUGGAAUAGCUUUUCCAGCCAUCAUGGAGCUAUGCGUCAAAUGGCCAAACGAUCUAGGACCCGGAAACAUCGUCUUAGUGAAAGAUAUAGCACUUAUCAUUUUUGGAAUCACCGGAUUGCUAGCUGGCAGCUACAGUUGUAUAUCAGAAAUAGUACAAAAACUGUCGGCAGGACAAUUAGAUUAGAUUAUUUAUUUUUGCCAUAUGUUGCUAUUGUAACUGUUGAACUGAUGUAGUUCCUAGGAGUUAUUUGAAUUUAGGAUGCCUAGGUAGAAUAAGGAUGUUUCAAAGUCAAUAUCUUCCCAUGAUUAUUGAAGGCUUUAGUGUUCUUGAAGGCUCAAUAAAAUGAAUACACAAGGUAGUUCAUCAACAAUAAAACAGAAACAACAACAAUACAGAAAUUUAUAUGAAGAAGGUUAUUGCAGUGAACGUUCUUGAGUAGGAAGAAUUAGUACUGAAGAAUUAAUUAGAGAUAUCUAGUUUUGGAUUAUAGUAUUGUUGAUAAAUCACCCUGUAUACUUAUCCUCACCCCGAGUAUUAAUAGCCAAAAAUCAUUUUGUUCGGUUAAUGUUACAACAGUAAUACUACGAGUCUUUCGAAUUGAGCUGUUACAUUCUUUAUUCCAUGAAUUGGAUAUUAUGAUAGUAAUGAAAGGAGUAGUACAAAUAAUAUUUUAUACCAAUUGAUUGACAUGCUGAUCUUAUUUGAGAAUUACAAAAAGUCAAGUAGUGA